CCCUCCCCCAGAAUUGGAACCCAAAGUGGCUUACCGUCUAAAAACACAGUGCAAUUGAAAGCCUAUGAAAGUGGCAAUUAAAAUGGAAUUGAACUAUGACAGUAUUAAAACGGAUCCUAUUAUUGUGGGACGAUGGGAGGAGAGCAGAGAAGCAGAAUCCAUCUACAAAACUACUCUGAAUUUAAAACAAUAAAAGAGCCACAACAUCAGACGCCUGCAGCCGGCUGCCAUGCAGACUUCGCACCCACUCCCCCUGGCCAUGCUGGCCCUCCUCCCGGUCUGGCUGGUCCUGGAGCUCCCGGCCACAAGCGGCUACAUCCACGCGAUGUCGGACCACAACACCAGCAUGGAUUUCUCUGACCUGCCGGCCAUGUUUGGGGGUCCUCUGCCCCGCGAGGGCCUGGUGGGUUUUCUGGUGGAAGCCAGGCCAGCCAAUGCUUGCCGGCCGAUCGAGGGACCCCCGAGUAACGGGAGCAUCUUCGUUGCUCUUAUCCAGAGAUACGACUGCAAUUUUGACAUCAAGGUGUACCAUGCCCAGAAGGCUGGGUACUUGGCGGCCAUCGUCCACAACGUGGGCUCAGACAAUCUCCUCAACAUGGUCUGGGAUGAUGAGCAGCUCCACAAACGUAUCACCAUCCCUUCUGUGUUCAUUGGCGAAACAGCAGCAAUGUACCUGCGUAGGCUGUUCAGCUAUGACAAAGGGGGCCAAGUGAUCUUGAUCCCUGAGUACAUCUUCCCAUUGGGCUAUUACCUCAUCCCUUUCACGGGCGUGGUGGGCAUUGUCAUCGCAGUGAUGUGUACCAUUCUGAUUGUGCGCUGCAUUCAGCAUCGGAAGAGAAUGAGGCGGAAUCGCCUCUCCAAGGAACAGCUGAAAAAGAUCCCUGUCCACAAGUACAAGAAAGGGGAUGAGUACGACGUCUGCGCCAUCUGCCUGGAGGAGUACGAGGACGGGGAGCGCCUGCGCAUCCUCCCUUGCGCUCACGCAUACCACUGCAAGUGCGUGGAUCCGUGGCUGACGCAGACCAAGAAGACCUGCCCCGUCUGCAAGCAGCAUGUCCUCCGCUCCCCAGAGGAUUCGGACUCGGAAGGGGAGGAGGGCACCAUCCACAGCCCAGCCGCCACUCAGGACGAGGAAGAAGGCGAGGGUCCGGCGCAGAUGCACGCGCAGCAGCAUCAGGAGGAAGAGGAGGAAGAAGAGGGGAGCCGAGACUCAGAGCGCACUCCCUUGCUGCGCCCCUCUCCCACUGUGGCCCCGGGCCCCCCUUCCUUCGGCAGCAUGGCACACUCCCCACCCUCUGGCAUGCCCCACGGCCUCCUGGAGGGGGGCAGACAGUCGGCCGAGAGCGACCAGAGUCCGCUGCUGGUCUAGGGCCCUCCAAACCCAUCCUCCUGCAGCCCUGGUCUUCCCUGUCCUCCAUUUUCUGCUCCCCCCCCAGCCUCAGAUGGAGAAGGGAGGCAUUGGUGGAUCGGGGCUGAUCCCCCCUUCCUCCUGCUUUUUACCACUGAGCUUCCAAUAUAUUUUUUAACUUUUCUGGGUGCAGGGAGGGGCGAGUAGCAUUUUAGAGUGGGGGGGCACCAUGACCCCCCUCUUUGGGGACCAGCCAGGUGGGAGAGGGAGUAGGUAACCCCUUUUUGGGGGGAGAGAAGAAGGUGGUGGCUGCCCCUUUGACUCUCACUGCUGCCACCAGUCCCCCUCCCCCCAAAAAAGCUCUGUGGGAAUUGGGAUGUGAAAGUGCAGCAUUUCUCUGUGCCUGAGGUUGCAGAACCCUUUGCAGAAAGGAAAUAAAAAGGGCCAAAAUCUGGUCUCCCGAGGCCAGGCAAUGGCAAUGGGGUCCAUGUCCUGGUGGCCCUGGCUUCCGGGGGGGGGGGAGACAGCCAUUUGGGGAGUGUCUCCCACCCCCCUUGGUGCUCCCUUUCCCUAGGAAAGGUUUCACUCCUUCCUUCCUUAGCCUUGGGAGGGGGGGCUAAUCUUGUAGGUCACAGUGGAGACCCCCAGAGUCAAAAAGGGCUGCAGGGCUGAGCUUACGAUUUAGGGGGUGCAGUCUGGGGGGGCAGGUGUUGGCCAGGUGCUGGAUGAAGAAUGGUGGAGGCACUUGGAGGGAGACAUGCAGCGGUGCUGGCGUUCCCAGGUAAGGAAGCAGAGACUGGGGUGUUCAUUUGUGAGCAAGCGCAUUUACACCUGGAGUGAGGAAGGAAAGUAUGGGGCCCCCACAGCAUGCACACACAGAGAGAAAGAGGUCCUGGCCUUCAGGGCUGACUAGCAGUUGGGGCAAAAAAAUGUUUAGAUGCCUUCCUCACCACCACCGUCGCCAUCAUGCCCCUUGCACUUUUGCACAUUGGUUCUGUGCCAUGGAAGCGGAGGGCAAGGUGGUCGUGUCACUCAUUUUGUAACAUGGCUGAGGAACCCCUCAAAUAUCCCCCCUUCUGUCUGCACCCUUCAUCUGUAUCCCCCCCCCCCCGCCACAAAUGUACAACUGCUCCAGGGUCCCCCUCCUUGGACUUGCUAACACUACUUACUUUUUGGUUGCUGUAAAAAUGGGCACACUCUGGCAGCCGCCACCCCAUAUGCAGCAAAUGGGGGGUGGGCAGGAAUGCCCCCAAAUAAUUUUUAACGGACCCUCCCCCCUUGCAUUGGCAUGUGGGUGCUGGACGAAGCAGGAUUGGGGCCCUCUCUUUUUCCAGGGAGUUUGGGGGGCUGCUGUUGUGCCCCCCACUCACCCACCGGCAUUGCUGCUGUCUCUCCUCUGCCUUCUACUGAGCACCUUUGGGAAUAGAGUUUGUACUGUAAAGGACUUUUUAUUUCUAUGGACAGAGUAUUGUAAAGAAUGGGGGGAAGGGGCUGUGGCUCCAGGAUUUCACCCCCUCCCCAUGAAAGGGGCCCCUGGAUAUUUGGAGAACUGGAAGGAGGGACUGACAGUGGGGCUGGGGGUGGUUUUGGGGGAGGGGAGUCGUUGUAGCC